UCACUCUCACUCAUCACCGAAGAAGAUGGCGUCAAUGCUAUGGAGAACGUUGACCAAGUCAAACCGCUGCUACUUUGCUUUCCGGACGACGGUGAGAGUAACACAGUUUUCGCCGCUUGCGCUACCGAAGACGAUGGGCUUUCUGGGUCGAUCCAUCGCCGUUUGCCCAUCAGCUCGUUCAGGGUUUACAACGUUACAAAAGUGUACUGCGGCCAUUCGACAACUGGCGUACGGGAUAGUGGCCGACGCUUUGGACGAGUACUUACAGAUGUCGGCAAGAACUACGCGGGAAUGUUUGUAUCGGUUUUGCCAUAAUGUGAUGAAACUGUAUAGCAAAAAAUAUUUGCGGAAACCAAACGCGUAUGAUGUUCAACAGUUGUACCAAGCUCAUGAAGCAAGGCACGGGUUUCCGGGAAUGCUUGGUAGCAUUGAUUGUAUGCAUUGGGGGUGGCAUAAUUGCCCGACUGCGUCGCGCGGCCAAUAUACGCGAGGUGAUCACGGCUAUCCAACCGUGAUACUUGAAGCUGUGGCAUCACAAGAUUUGUGGAUAUGGCAUUCUUUCUUUGGUCUCCCUGGUUCACUCAACGACCUCAACGUGUUAUACCAAUCGGCCAUCUUUACCGAUGUCGUUAAUGGAACGGGACCGGACACACGUUUUACAGUUUCUGGGGUUGAGUAUAGACGUGGGUAUUAUCUUGCUGACGGGAUAUAUCCGUCUUGGUCUACAAUUGUGAAGACUAUUCCAUAUCCCGAGGACGAAAAACGGAAAAAAUUUGCCAAGCGUCAAGAAGCUGCAAGAAAAGACAUCGAACGUGCUUUUGGUGUCUUACAAAAAAAAUGGGCCAUCGUUGCACAACCGGCACGUGCGUUCACCCCAAAAAGGCUGCGUCUUUGUAUGUACGCUUGCAUUUUGCUCCAUAACAUGAUUAUUGAAGACGAAGGUCGGGCGAUUUGUGAGUAUGAUGAGAAUGCAGCUUGGGGGAACACUGUCCCGGUUGAUCCCCCACAACAGGAUUUAAACUCGUUCUCGCUAACAAACGACUUCACGCAUGCAAACCUUCAACAAGAUUUGGUAGAACAUAUUUGGAACAACGUUAACAUGGUGGACGGUGACGGAGCCGAAGACGAAGACGAGUAGUGUGUUUGUUUUAAAUUUUUAAAUCUAGUCUUUUUUUUUCAAAUUUUAGGUAGCGUAAUUUUUUAUUUUU